UAGCGAACGCUUGUUGAUGUUCUAACCGGAAGCAACAAAAACAGCAACAUAUCGGUCUAAAUAUGAUAAACGGAGCCGAGCGCACAGCAAAACUCACACAAAAGCUCCAUAUGGAUCACUUAUAACGUUAUGAUUUCGGUUUUUAUUGUAACUUUUUCAACGGUUAUCUGAAUAAGACGCAGUUUUAUUUUAUUGCUGUCUUUAUUGUUAUUGUUAUGAUGAAGAGUGCGUGUGUGUGGUCGCUGCUCGCGGUGUGUGUGUUGUGUGUGUGUGUCGCGUAUAAACCGGUGAUCAUCAUUCACGGGCUCUUCGACAGCUCCGCGGAUUUUAUCAACCUUCACCGAUUCAUCAACCUGUCUCACCCCGGCACUAAUGUGACUGUCCUGGACCUGUUUGACCGCAGCGCUAGCCUGCAGCCGCUCUGGAAGCAGGUGGAGGGCUUCACAGAGGCCAUAUAUCCCAUCAUGCAGAAUGCAGCCGAUGGCGUCCACUUCAUCUGUUACUCACAGGGUGGCCUGGUGUGUCGAGGAAUCCUGUCCACUCUUCCAGACCAUAAUGUGCACUCUUUCAUAUCUCUGUCUUCUCCGCAGGCGGGGCAGUAUGGAGACACAGACUAUCUGAAAUACCUCUUCCCUCAGUUUGUCAAAUCCAACCUGUAUCAUGUGUGCUAUACCGCAGUGGGCCAGAAAAUAUCAAUCUGUAACUACUGGAACGACCCUCAUCACAGAGACAUGUACAUCAACAGCAGCGACUAUCUGGCCUUACUGAACGAUGAGAGAACAAAUCCCAACUCGACCGCAUGGAAACAAAACUUUCUGCGCAUUAAAAAGCUGGUGCUGAUCGGCGGAGCCGAUGAUGGAGUCAUCACUCCGUGGCAGUCAAGUCAGUUUGGUUUCUACGAUGAGAAUGAAACAGUCGUUGAGAUGAAAAACCAGAAAGGGUUUUUGAUGGACUUCUUUGGACUGAAGACGCUGUAUGCUCGAGGAGAUCUGGUUCUGUGUUCGAUGGCAGGUGUCGCUCAUGUCUUCUGGCACUCCAAUGAAACCGUUUACAAAACCUGCAUUGAGAAAUGGCUUACGUAGAUGCACUUGACUACAGAUCUUUCUCUAUUUUCUACUUGUUGAUACAGUCUUGCACAUCUCGUUACAGUAUACUAAUGCAUUGCACCAGAGCGUACAUUUCCAUUGUCUGCUGAAUGCCUCUACGACAGGGAGACACAUUCAGUUAAAUAUAUAGGUGUAGAAAGUUGAAUGCUAAACAAAAGGAAUAACCAUCAGUGCCUGAGGGAUGCAUUUCUCAUUUUGCAGAAUGAUCUUAACCACUAUUUUUCAAUGUGUGUAUAGAUAUUGUUUGUAAUUCCUCUUUUAAUUUAUGUGAUGUGUUUGAUGUGAACUGUGCUGCUGCAGUAACAUUUAUGCCUUACAUAUGAUAUGUUUGGACAUGACUCCAAGUGCUAACAGUGCAAUGAGAAAGCAGAGAAUGAGGGGGAAAGGAGAAAAAGGGAUGGCGUGAAAGGAAUAGGAAAGGGAAUUGCAUUUAUUGUAUAUAACAUUACCUCUCCCUUCACAUCCUUCAAGCCUCAGCCCAGCAUUACAUGUUCAGCUCUAAAGGGACUCUGAACACCUCAUUCAUUUGAAAGACUUGUGUUAAGGUUUUUUUUACUGUUAUUUUACGCUUCUAGCAACCUGUUUUUUUAUGCUUGAAGAUCGUCUUGCUCUAACAAGGUGUCCAAGUCACAUAGUGUUAAAAAGGGAUUCAUAGAAGCACAACCUGAAAGAUUACGUUUAGAAAUCUAUUUCUGCUCUCUGAGGCAAAUGUAUGCUAUGUACAAAACAUAUUUUGCCAUAUUUAUUGUUCUCAUAGCAGUGUUGUGUCUUUUGUCUUAUGUUUUAGCUUGCUAUUUUAACUGUUUUUAAUAAAAUGCUUAACAAUAGGGAUUAACGGAUAGUUAACCAUGAAGUAGAAGUAUAGUGUCUAAAGUAGAAAAUUCUUUAAUACCGAAGUACACUUUUCAACUAAAUGCGGUUUUGUUCGAUAUUUUAACACCGUGAAACAUCUCCAGAUGUAGAUUUUUUUAAAGGACUUGAGCUGCAUACCAGUGUGCUUAACUGUUGUUACUCAAGCCGGCUUUCAGAAUAAAAUGUACAUUUUAUGUUGUUAA